AUGAAUAGCAAUACAUUAAAUAAAUCGAGAAGGUUGUACAAUACUUGCGACUCGAAUUCGCAAUUGAGAACCAUUCUAUUAGCUUCUUUAGCUAAAUUACAUUCUCAAAGCACAGCUUAGACUGGUUAUAGUGAGUUGAGGACUUUGAUAGCAUAAUUGCAAUAAAAUCAAUUUGUGAUUUUAACGAAUUUACUUGAUUCCAAUGACAUUUCAAAAUAAGCAAAAAAAGAUUAUAUUAAAGUAUUUGGUGUGUUAGCAGAAAUAAGAGGUAGCGAUAUUUAAGAGUAGUUACCAAGAAUUGUAUAAAUUAUCAACAAAAGAAUAUAAGAAGGAGAUUCCACAUUUAUUUAGGUGAUAUCAGAUACCUUCGCAAACAUCAAUGAAUUUACCAUCUAAACAUCACCAAAUAAAUACGACUUAUUUUAAUCAAUUACAGAAUUGCUAUAGGCUAAUUUUGUACACAAUAACAGAGUAGCUCAAUAAAUUAGUGCUUAAUCCCUAUGCAGGAUAAUUUAAACAACGGACUAAUAAUUAAUGGAGAUGAUCUUUAAAACUUACACUUAGAAAACCUUAGAAAUUUUAAAAUCUCCACAUUGCAAAACUUAAUAAGGUUUACUUGAGAGUCUGCUGAGUCUUAUAUUGACAGUAGAAGGAAUCUUUGAACCAUGUUUAGAGGAUUGUGUACAUACUAUCACCAAUUGUUUGCAUUCUGAAGAGUGGAACUCACGAAAGUUUGCAUUAGAUAUAAUUUAUUCGUUAAGCGUGAUAUUUCCUCAUUAUUUCAGAAUAAAUGAACAAUUUGUCAAUAAAAUAGGAGAACUAAGAUUUGACAAAAUUAAACAUGUAAGGGAUGCAGCAUAAGUAGCAUUGUCAUCCCUUAAAGAUUCACGAUCUCUAUAAUAAUAAUCAGCCAGAGAACAUAAGUCAGUGUUUAAAUCUAGUGCCAAUAAAGGAUUUUUUGAAAGAACAUCAGAUAUAUAAAUUAUUGAGAAUAGACCAAGGGAAGAAGAAAUCUCAAAAUAGAAACCAACCUUUGCUGAUAUUCUUGUUAAAAAUGAAACCCAUUCCUUUACACUUCCCAAUUAAUAGAUGGGAAGCGAUAAGAAAACAUCCCCUGUGCAAAUGCUAGCUGAUUCCAAUAAAAACCAUUCUCCUUAAUGUUCUGCCUUUAUCUAAGCAGCUUAGCCUACUUACCAUUUUAAUAUAUCAGGAUAUAGCAAUCAAAAGGAGAAGAAAUAUAUAAAUUAAAGUUAAGAGAUUUCUAAAUCCUAAAUUUAGCUUGCCACUCCCCCUUAAAAGUAAAUACAAGACAAACAAGAUCUCUUAAAAUUAUAUGAUUCAGCCAAAGCCAAAUAAAAUGCCAUCUUCGAAUAAAUUUUAAAUUAAAAAUUGUAAAUUUCAGAACAAAACACACGUUCUGAAAUGAACCUAUUAAACAAAAGAAUAGAUAAAAUUGAAUAGCUGUUAGAAAGAAUGUCAGAAACUAUAGAUAAAAAGUUAAAUUCAUAAUAGAAUUAGCAAUUAUAAUAAUAGUAACAAAUUACAUCUCAAAAAUAAAAAGUAGUCCCUGUUGAAUCGUAUAAGGAUUAGUUCAUUCCUUGUUAAAUACAUGAAAAUUAAAAAUCUCUGAAUCUCUAAAAUUAAAAUAUGUUUGACUCUCUAAAUGAUGCUCCGAACACUAAAAUGUAGGAUAUUUUUUUCAUACAGUAAAAAUCUUAAUUCAACACUGAAUCAAAACUUUAAGAAUCUAAUUUUGAACUAAAUUCAGGAAAAAUAAGUGAUGCAGAAGGUAAAUUUAGGGAAAAUCAUUAAAGAUCAACUUCAGAAGCAUCUCCUUUGAGAAACAAAGAUCAAUCUAUUCUUACAACUGAUAGUAAAUAGACAUAACAAUAAUUAUCCUCUCCUAUUAUUCAAAAUGCUAAAGUGAUUGAAUAACAAAAGGUUAUGUAAAAAGUAGAGGAUUAAUUAGAUAAAAACAAUAUUAAUGAAGCUUAUUGUACCGCAUUAACAUCUUUAGAUGACUAGAUUAUAAUAUCAACUAUGAUGAAGACUGGACCUUGUACUGAGAGGCUAGAUUCCACAUAAGUUGAAUAUUUAUUACACAAAUUAAGAACAUUAGAUUGGAUAGAAAAUGCACUUCAACAUCAUCUUGCAAGAAUGCCAGCAAUUUUGUUAAAGUCAAUAUCUACAUAAUUAAAUAAUGUGUAAUAAACUGACUAAGUUAAAAGAAUUCAAGAUAUGAUUGAAAAGAAGAAGACUUAAUCACAAGAUUGA